AUGGAGCUGUUUCCUGGCGGGCAGGGCUAUCUCCAGGAGUCCUCAGAGUGGGCGGGGCUUUCCAGGGGGCGGGGCCAGGCCAGGUGCUCCGCCUCACCUGCGGGGCUUCUCUGCCAGGUCUGUGGGACUCGGUCCUCCAAGCGCAUCUCCAAGUUAGCCUAUCACCAGGGUGUGGUCAUUGUGACCUGCCCUGGCUGCCAGAACCACCACAUCAUCGCCGACAACCUGGGCUGGUUCUCCGAUCUGGAUGGGAAGAGGAAUAUUGAAGAAAUCCUGGCUGCCAGAGGGGAGAAGGUUUGCCGAGUGGCCAGUGAGGGGGCCCUGGAGCUGGUGUUAGAGGCUGCAGGGGCCCCCAAAUCCACUGCUGCUCCAGAAGGGGAUGAGGACCAGGAUGCCACCCACUCUGGCAAGACAGAGCCCAGCUGACCCCACCUUCUGCCUUUGAGAAGGAUGCUUCAGCCGUGGGCCUCUCUGUACUUGGACUGUUUUCUAUCAAUAAACAGACAUUGCUUGCAGGUG